AUGCUUUCUAUGUAUGUUGAUGUCGAACAGAAGAACUGGGACCAGAUAUUGCCGUUCGUCACAUUCGCCUACAAUACAGCCAAGCAGGACACGACAGGUUUUACGCCUUUCUACCUACUACAUGGCCGUGAAGCUGAAACGCCGUUGGGUACGAUGUUUCCUCUCUGUCCCCACGAGUUCAGCCAAGAAGACGAUUACGUUAGCCAUCUGAUCAAUAAGGCAGAAGAAUCGAGGCAAUUAGCUCGUGCACGAACUGUCGAGGCUCAGAAGAAAGAUCGCCGGCAUUAUGACUCCAAACAUCGGAUGGUGGCAUACGAACCAGGGGAUUUGCUCCUCAAGAGGUACUUCGGCCCUUAUCAAGUUUUGAGGCGGUUGUACGACGUCACCUACGAAGUAGCCGAUUUCGAUCCUAGUUCUAGAAGGCGGAAACCGAAGGAAGUUGUCCACGUCUUACGCAUGAAGCCAUACCAUGACCCAGAAGAACAAGACGACCAACAUUCUUAUGAAAGUAUGGAGGUUCUGGAAAGACACAUUUCUCAAGAGACCACUCUCCGUGAAGAUGCGACGACUUAUACUGGCCCUGUGACUCGAUCAAGAACUAGAGUUAUAAAAUUAAAUGUCAUAACAGCGAGACGCUGUUCUUCUAAAGAGGGAGCAAUGCCGCAUUGA